AUGCUCCGAAGUUUCAAAUACUUGUAUAUAAUCGGUGGAUGCGCUCUGGCAGCGGAACGGGAACCAUUACGAUAUAUUGAAAGAAUCCGUGUAGAAAAUGUAGAAAGUGCUGGGAGCAGUCCCGCGCGUAUCAAGAUAAUAUCUGAAAAAUGUGGUGAACUUUCCGUUCCACGAAGAUCGUCAUCAUGCUUCCUGAUAGACAAUCGAAAAGAAAUACUUGUUGCUGGUGGAUGUACUGGGCCUAAUCAACAUACGAACUCCAUUGAAUUACUUGAAAUUCGAGAAGAAAAUGAAGGGAUUGUUACGCAUGUAUUGGAGGAAGUUAUGGAAAUCGGAGCAAGUUGUUCUGGUUUCGAUUCGGAAUUUAAUGAGAACCACAAACCAAUUUUCGGAGGGUUCGAAGCACACAGUUGCCUCGAUGAAGUUCAGAUAAUAGAUACUUCGGAUUCCAUGUGGAAAUGUCGAAAACUUGGCAAAAAGCUACCGAAAAUCAAGAAUUCGACAGUUUUGUGGGUCAGUGAUCGAGAAUUCAUAAUGUUUGGAGGAUGGGAAGAUGAACAGAGAACGACGAAAGCAAUCCGCAGAAUAGAGUUCAAUGUGGAUUUCACCGAUUAUACAGUGGAUUUUGCAGGUUUUUUGCCAUAUCCAGUAGAAGGUCACUCUUUUGUUCGAGUAGGAUCAACUGUUUUCUUGAUUGGGGGUUUCGAUGGUUGUUUUGUAAUGGAUACCAUUAUAAAAUACGAUCUGGAGUCUAAGAAAUCGGAGAUUCUCAAAACAAAGCUAUCAGAGAAACGCGAGAAUCACGUGUCUGCAGUGCUCUCCGAUAAGUAUUUGGUAAUAGCUGGAGGUUGGAAUUCUAGAAUGUCACUUGAUGAUGUAGAAGUUUUUGAAAUUCAAAACAAUGGGGGCGAUUUAGAGUUGGCACGAUGCCACGUGGACGGAAAAUUGUUGAUGGCCAGAAACCGACCGACUGGUGUUCGCGCUUAA